CCCCAGCCCCGUCUGUGGGGCCUUGGGAGGGGACAUGGCCAGGACAGCUGACCCCAGGGAUAUCCCAAGCCACAUCACCUUGGCUCAGAUAUAAAAGCUCAGAAAAGGAGGAGGAAGGGGGGAAAUUUGUUAUUUACAAUGUUUUCCUUCUGAAGAAAUGGCUCCAAGAGCUGGAGUCCUGCUUUCUGGGAAGUGGCCGGACUUCACCUGCUCAUGGGAAGCAGAGAAUAAAAUCUCACCUUUUUCCCAUUGCUUAUGGAACCUUUUGUUUUUCCUUGUGUUUUUGUUGAAUUAUCUCAACCCUCUGCACCUGGGUGGGGGCUGAGAGGAUUUAUCAGGGGGUUCCUGCCUGUCCCUAGGGUUGGAGAGGAUGGUGGCUUCUUCAGCUCCUCUGGGGGGACAGGGAAAUUGCCUGGGAGCAGGGAGAGUGUCUGGAUUAAAGCCCAGCCAUCCCAGCUCUAAAAAGCUGGAGGAAGCCCCUGUCUCCUGUCCAGGAGCACAGGGAGGGACUGAGAGCAGCACCCAGAGCCCAGACCCACGGCAGGGCGCAGGCAACGCUUUGGGUCGGGGUGCCGGGAGUGACGCUGUGGGGAAAGGGACAGGGAUGGGGACAGGGACAGGGAUGGGGACAGGGACAGGGACAGGGACAGGGAGCUCCAGGGGGAGGACAGUGGCCCCUGGGACCAGGCUGGGGUCAGGGCAGUGCUGGGACACGGCCAGGAGCUCCUGGCUGGAGAUGGUCCCUCUCUGCAGGCCGUCCCCUGUCCCCAUUGCCACCUCCUCAGCCCCUCACAGAGGAACAGGCCACAUCCCCCCAGCGUCCCUGCGGUGCCCAGGGGGUCCCUGGGCAGUCUGGCCACCAUGGAGCUCCUGUCACCGCUGCUGGUGCUGCUGGCUGGGACCGUGGCCAGCAGCAUCCACCUGCACUGGUGGGAGCGUGGCGGCACCACCAAGGAGAUUGCACUGGACAUGGCUCCCAACUCCUUCGACGACCGCUACCUGCGCUGCCACUUCAAAAUGCUGCGGGCGCUGCCGGCGCUCAACCGCACGGAGUUCGUUCCCUACGGCGACUACGCCGAGGCCUGGGCCAGGGCCAUGGCCACAUGGGCCAGCCGGGCCCACACGGAGUCCCCGCUGCAGCUGGAGCUGGCCAUCGCCCUCCUGGCCUACACCAUGGAGGAGGGCCUGUACCUGGAGUUCAACAGGGCCGUGCGCACGGCCGGCCGCUCCCGCCGGGAGUACCUGGACACCUUCCCCUUCAAGGUGCUGCAUUACCUGCUGACCGAGGCCCUGAGCGAGCUGCGGGGUGCCCAGAGCCACCCCCGCUGCCUGCACGUGUACCGGGGCGUCGACGGCAUCCGCUUCACCGCCGGGCUCGGCCGCAUCGUCCGCUUCGGCCAGUUCGCCUCCACCUCCCUCCUGCAGAACGUCAGCGAGUCCUACGGCAUCACGACCACCUUCGAGGUGGACACCUGCCACGGCGCCGACAUCCGCGACUUCUCCAACUACCCCGAGGAGCAGGAGGUCCUCAUCCCACCCUUUGAGACCUUCAAGGUCACCAACAUCACCCACCAAGGGGACGACAUCUACAUCCAGCUCCGCUCCCACGGCGUGCACAGCAAAUACAACUGUGCCCUGUUCCAAGGCAGAAGCGUCCCCAGAGACCCCCCAGGCCUCACUGGGCUCCUCCUGGCAGCACUGGCAGUUGUCACUGGCACCCCCUGAGCCACAAGACCUGGUGCCUGGUGAAGACAAGGCGUCAGGGAUGGAAGCACCGGUGUCACCAGGAUGGCAGCACUGGUCCCCGCAGGCUGGACACUGGACAAGCCCUGUGGCCACCCUCCCUGAGCCAUGGCUGGGGUG